CUAUUCCAAUAUGCCCAGCUGAAAUGAGAAGUCCGUUAUGGUCUCCGUUCGUACUGUUCCGACCUCGCUCGCAACAUUUCGACUGAGCGAACAUUUGUAGACCGGCAGGGGCUAGCCGCUAGUGACUUUUCGGGUAAAUAAACCUAACCUCUCCAUUAUAAAACUCACUUUGGCCAGUUCGGCGGAUGGAGAUUAGUGCGAGAUCGAUGCGCGAUUGGUCGAUAGUUGACAUUUGAAUGUCGGUGUGCAUAGCCAACUGUGUGUGUGAGACAGAGAAUGCAUCCGUCAGACGUCGCUAUUGCAUCUCUCCAAUUGUUAUGAUUAACCUGUUGAUAUCGGGUCAUUGGAGUGCGGCGAAAUAAACAAAUAAAAAUCAACAAUUUUAAGCGCGGAAUGCGAAUUGUAACAACCGGUCCAAGCUGCUGGAAUAAGAAAAGCGAGAGGAAAUUAUACCAAUAUUAAUUCGUUUAAUUUGAGGACCACGAUACGUCACGCGGGUGUAAUCGGCCUAUGGGCCUCUCCACUGAACGGCAAAAAGGCGGGGGGGAAGCCCGGGCCCCCAGCUAUGCGCCACACGGGACUAGGAAAAUUAGGGGGACUCAUCAACACAGCUGUACAUGCCACGAAACGAGCCCCAGGCAAUGGAGACGUGCAGUGGUGCUUUGCUCAGGUGAAGGGAACGCUCGACGAUGACGUGACCGAAGCUGAUAUAAUCUCUUGCGUGGAGUUCAACCACGACGGUGAACUCUUAGCGACAGGGGACAAAGGAGGCCGCGUAGUGAUCUUCCAACGCGAUCCGACGUCAAAAACAUCAUUUCCACGACGUGGCGAAUACAACGUGUACUCGACGUUUCAAUCACACGAACCCGAAUUCGACUACCUCAAGAGUUUAGAGAUUGAAGAGAAGAUCAACAAGAUCCGAUGGCUGAAACGUCGCAAUCCUGCCCAUUUCCUUUUGUCGACCAACGACAAGACUAUCAAGCUAUGGAAGGUGUCGGAGCGGGACAAGAAAGUGGAGGGCUACAAUACUCGCUCGGAGAACGGCUCGCUGAUCGAUCCAAUGAAUGUCAGCUCGUUGAGGGUGCCCACCAUCAAGCCCAUGGAGCUGAUGGUGGAGGCGUCGCCGCGGAGGAUCUUCGCCAACGCGCACACCUACCACAUCAACUCGAUUUCGGUCAAUUCGGACCAGGAGACCUACCUAUCGGCCGACGAUCUACGGAUCAACCUGUGGCAUCUAGAAAUUACCGAUCAAAGCUUCAAUAUUGUAGAUAUCAAGCCGACGAACAUGGAGGAAUUAACCGAAGUUAUAACGGCGGCGGAGUUUCACCCGGUCGAGUGCAACCUGUUCGUUUACAGUAGUAGUAAGGGUACAAUUAGGUUAUGUGACAUGAGGGCGGCGGCCCUCUGCGACAGACAUGCUAAACUGUUCGAGGAACCCGAAGAUCCGACGAAUAGGAGUUUCUUUUCCGAAAUUAUAUCGAGUAUUUCCGAUGUUAAGUUGUCGAAUAACGGCAGAUAUAUGAUAUCUAGAGACUAUUUAUCAGUUAAAGUUUGGGAUCUACACAUGGAAACCAAGCCAAUAGAAACGUAUCCAGUUCACGAAUAUCUCAGAUCGAAGCUGUGUUCACUGUACGAGAACGAUUGUAUAUUCGAUAAGUUCGAGUGCUGCUGGAACGGCAACGACAUGGCAAUAAUGACUGGUUCCUAUAACAAUUUCUUUAGGAUGUUCGAUAGGACAACGAAACGGGAAGUGACGCUGGAAGCUUCGAAGGACAUCGCCAAACCUAAAACAAUAUUAAAACCGAGAAAAGUGUGUUCGGGAGGCAAACGUAAAAAAGAUGAAAUUAGUGUGGACUGUUUAGAUUUUAAUAAAAAAAUAUUACAUACAGCCUGGCAUCCUACAGAGAAUAUCAUUGCAGUGGCGGCAACUAAUAACUUAUUUUUAUUUCAGGAUAAGUUCUAGUGUAAUUAAUCAAUCAAUUAAUUUCUCGUCUCAUAUUCAGGUUGUUUUCGAUUUUCUCCAACGGUAUUUUAAUAUUAAUUUUAUCAUGCAACGGAAUUGUAAUAUUCAAGCUUUUAGUUGUUGUUAUUGUGAUAUGGAAGAUGUGGUGUUGCAAAAUUAUUUUGGUUUACACGGCUGGAUAUUUUUCUCAAAUCCAAACAGUUUACCUCUAAUAGCGAAAGUUGUACAAUGUUUUUUAUAUUUUUUUUAUAAACCAAUAAAAUAUUACCACUUUUUUGUGUGCUUAUUUCGUGACUGCUCGUGACGAUAUUAGAGGGAAACUAACAAGCGCAUCUAAAUGUUGUUAUUUGCUUGCUACUGAUUUCGUUGUAUGGUAUUUUAAUGUAACAUAUUAGCCAUUAAAUCUAUUGUACAAAAUGUAAAUAAUAUAUACAGAAUUACUUUUUUUACCAGUAUGUUUUCCAAUGUGUGAUUUACACUUUUUAUUUUAUUAUUUUUUUAAAGCAGGUGUUCAAGCGGGCUGAAUAUGGACGAUAUUAUGGAACGAUUUUGCCUUAGAGUGCCAUUUGUUACAAUGUUUUCUUUGUUAUCAUCAAUCGUGGCGGUAAAGCUUCGGCUUGCAAAAAUCAUCCAAAUGAUACAGUAAUGAUAAUUUAAGUUAAUUUUAAAUUAUAAUUUAGUUGUAAGAUGGUUAUUGAUAAUAAGACACCAAAUAAAUUGUUGUGAGAUUUGGUUUACCUAGAAUUCACUUGAAUGUUUCAAUUCUUUGUUUGCUCUUAUUUUGUUUACAAUUAUACAUUCCUUAAUUAAAAAUUUGACAUAUUCUAAAUUGCUGUAACUCAUACGAUUGUUAUACAUUUUCAAUAAUACAGAAAACUUAAUUUUA